AUGUCUGAAAAUGAGAGGAAAUGUUCUAUAGCAACUUCAGUAUCCUGCGAUUACUCAAAAUUUUUUACUAAUGCUUCCCAAAAUAAUGAUUAUAGUAAUGAAUGCCAUCAAAUAAAAUAUUAUAACAAUUAUUGUACUUAUAAAUUUAUCAAAUAUUGUCAUGAAAAUCUACCUGGAACAAUGCGUUUUUGUUUUGAUAUCCCAUAUACAGAUCACAAACAACUUAUAUCAUCAUCAGGUGCAAGGUACUUGCAAAGAAUUAAAGAUAAUCAAACAAAAAUUUUUUUUCCUGAUAAUGAAAAAUGUCAUGUUAUGAAUGUACCAAAGAGUAAUCAGGUUUGGAUUGUUGGUAAUCCUACGAAUGUCCAAAGAGUUUAUAGAAAUUUAAGAGAUUGUAGUCAAUACUUAAUAUCAUUUAAAAAAUCUCAAUUAAAAGAUAAAGAUAAAAUUGACCAAAUGAUAGAACAUAUAACAGAUAAAAAGUUAAAAGUUACAGUUCGAGAAAGAAUAGAUGAUACAUUUCAUAUAACAUCAGAUAGAAAGCAUUAUGAAGAUUUAAUGGAUUGUUGUAUAAGAUAUUUAAGUGGUGAAACGAAAGAUGUUGAAUAUGUUUUGGCAGUGUCGAUUCAGUGUAUCAUAAGUCAUCAGAAUAAGGAAACCUCUGAAGCUGUCAUGAAAUGGAUUUCUAAAACAACACACACAAAAAUAUUUUCACCACCAUCCAGUUUUCAUAUGUCAUCUCCAUCGUCAUUCUUUAUAGUAGGAAAAGACAUAAAUGAUAUUCUACGAGCUGAAACUUUUCUUGUUGGAUGUGGAACAAUUAUCAUGUCGUUUGAUGUUCCUGGUAAUACAUUUAUUAGUCAAAAACAUUUUGAAAAAUGGAGGAGUGGUCAUCUUCUUGAUAUAUGGGUAGAGACAUUUAGUUCACCUGGUGGAAAAUCAAUUAAAAGUGUUGUUUUUAUAAGAACAGUUGAAUUUAAUAUCAAUGAAGCAUACAAAGCAGCAUUUUACAUAAUUAAUCAAAGAGUUUCACUUAUUGAAAAUAUUUAUAUUCCAAUAGCAAGGUCUUUAUUUGGUUUAGUUAAACAAGAGAUUUUUAAUGAAAGGAAUAAGACUUUCUUAACAUUGGGACAUGGAAAAGAAAAAACUCUUGGUGAUGGGAGUGAUAAAAAUGUUGAUGAAGAAUAUCAUAAAAAUUUAGAAAAUAUGCAGGUUAGUCCUUUUGCUGUCUCUAGUCCACCAAGUUCACCUGGAUUCGGUAGUAGUACUUCAAAUACCACACCUAAAUCAAAAAGUUGCAGGAAAAAAAAGUCACCAAAAAAAAGUUCUUCUAGUGAAAGUAAUGAGAUGGAAGAGAACUUUUUAAAAAUGAAGAAAGUAGCUGUUGAAAGUGAUGUAAAGACUUCUGAAAAAAGUGUAAAUCAACAGCAAGAAGAAUUUAAUAUUGUAGGAAAUAGCAAUGACCAAGUUAAAGAAAAUAAUGAUAAAAUGAUGAAAUCAAAGUCAAAUGAGGAAGUUUAUGUGGAACAAAAAACUUCAAGACCAUGCCUUAUACAAGAUGAUAUUCUUCCUCCAGUUAACCAAAUUCAAGAUAAAUGUAAUGGUGUUUGUUGUGAAAAACAAAUUCCAAAACAUAUCACAAAUGAUGAAAUGAAAAGGAUGAUUGAUGAUGAGGUAAGAUUGAUGAAUGAAUUUACAAAACCAUUGUUAAAUGAUAGACGUUACAUGGUACCAAGUACAGUCAAUAUGCCAUAUAUUAAUGGAAAUUUUAAUGAUGGAAACUGUGAAAAUAUUGAUAAUAUGGGAUGCCUUCAAAAAAUUCAAUGUUUCCAAGGAUCUCCAUAUGUGAUGGAUAAAUAUCCAAGAGUAUUAAAUAGUGGAAGUUUAGGACGAAUAAAGACAUGGGUAAUGAUGAGUCUUGAUGAAUUAAAUGAUUCAAUAUUAACAUACAUCCGACCAUUUAUCCUCUCCAAUGAGAUAUAUUGUUUCAUUGGAUAUUGUAUACCGGAAGAGAUCUAUAAACUUGAGUAUCGAUCUCAUCCACCAUCUCGAAGAAUAAUCAAUCGUAUUCAUAGGACAAAAUAUCCACGUUACAAUUAUUUUCCACCAAAAUGUUUUAGUUUGAGUGAGGUUAUAUUUUAUGACUUUGAAUCAAAUUCAGAAGUAGAUAUGUUAUUAAAUUGUCCUGGUCAACCAUAUGGUCAAACAAAAUUGAUUCUACCAAAUAAUACAUAUCCAUGGAUUGCUCCAAUGUCUGCAACAAAAAAAAUUACACCUGUAUGGAUUAAGAAUCAGAUAACACAGAAAUUUUGGUACUUUAAACAUUCUAAUCUUAUUCCUAUUACUGGUGGUGAUGGUUUACAAAUGUAUAUGCAUGUUAAUUUAUCAAAAAAUUUUACCACGACUCCUGAUAAUCAAGAUUUUCGUUCAAAAAAUAUAUUUAAUGAAUACUUGGAACAAACAAAUUCUAUGCUUCAAAGAUAUAGUUAA